CUUUUUGCAAUAGUUUAUUUUAGAGUUUUGUAAAAAAAUUGCAGCUUUCUAUAUUAUAUGGCAUAACAUAGAAAGUUAGACUGGUUUGAUCUUAUACUUUUUCCAGCAAAAAUAUUCUUGAGUUUUAUCCAUGAUGUUUGGGGCUUGCAGCAGUGCAGUUCACAACCAGGUAUUGGUUCCUCUCUCCUACUUGGUGUCCCAGGCAUCAGCAGGAGUAUUUGCAAACACCCGAUCAGUGUUAAGCAACUCGUCUGGUCAUGGGAGAUCAAGUAACGGCUUUAAAAGCAAGGCAACUACAGCAGAGAUGCUCUCUGCUGAGUCUGCCUCUCCUACACAGCUUUCAAAGAUUUUGUCUAUACUGAGACCAGCACAAAACAAUCCAUUCUCUUCUGAAGAAAAUUUGACAUUGAAAACUGAACAGUCAAAAUCUUUUGAAGCAUUAGAUGUUGAGGAUGCUAAUGAUGUUGUUAAACAUCUUAUUGGGAACAACAGAGAAGAAACAAUUAUAAACCUUCUUGGCAAUCAUCUUCAAAACCCCAGGAUAUCCUUCAAAGCUCUACAGGCCUCAUUACCCAGUGGGCCACUAUCAGAAGCAGUUCAAGAUACUUUACAUGCCAUCAAGCCAUUCAGGAAGAAGAGGAAGGCAUCUCACUGGGCAGAAAGCUACGUGUCAACUGAAAGUUUCUUGGGUAAUAAACACUCAUCGGCAUCAUCUGGAGGAGAGAUCAAACCACAGUCGGUUUCCAUCCUUCUACAGAGACUGGGGGCCCUCAACAGCAGUGGACAGCCUCUACUAGCUGCUGCGCACCGCGUUCAGCUGGAGUCCACACGGACCUUCAAGACUUUACGCAGCACUGAGCAGGAAACAUUCCGCCACCAGUCCAUGAGGGAGCGCCUCCGCGGCCGUCCUGUGUCGCCGGUGCCGCCGUCCCCGACUGACGCCACCGCCUCCGCCGCUGCCGCUGCUAACAGCUCCAGGCUCAAAAAGGCCGCCCAGCAGCAGGUGAAGGUGGCGUUUGCUGAAGGCUACCUCGCGGCUGACAGCUCAGCCAGCGGCGGCAAGAAGGAAAAGUCCCGCGCCAUGCGUUGGCUGCGCAACUUCCAGCAGAUGCUCGCCAUUGUCGUCCUGCUGGCCGUCCUGGCCUCUGUCAUGAGUACCAUGGGUGGAUCUCUAUUCCGAAUGAACGUCACUAACGGCAAUGAAGUGCUGCCUGAAGAAAUCACCGUCACCUUUGACGAUGUUAGAGGAGUUGAAGAAGCCAAACAAGAACUCGAGGAAAUCGUGGAAUUCCUCAAAAGUCCCGAGAAGUUUACUUCUCUUGGCGCUGAAUUACCCAAAGGCGUGCUUCUGGUGGGACCUCCGGGCACAGGAAAGACUCUGCUGGCCCGCGCCGUGGCCGGGGAGGCGGGUGUUCCCUUCUUCCACGCUGCCGGGCCCGAGUUCGACGAGAUUCUUGUGGGCCAGGGAGCUCGCCGCGUCCGUGAUCUGUUCAGAGCUGCCAAAAGUCGAGCUCCGUGCGUGAUUUUCAUAGACGAGAUUGACAGCGUUGGAGCUAAACGAACGAACUCUGUUCUUCAUCCCUACGCCAACCAGACCAUUAACCAGCUGCUCGCUGAGAUGGAUGGCUUCCACAAGAACGAAGGCGUCAUCGUGCUCGGCGCCACCAACAGGAGGGAUGACCUCGAUAAGGCGCUCCUCAGGCCUGGUAGAUUCGAUGUUGAAGUGCAGGUCCCUAUUCCGGAUCUUGCGGGACGUCGGGAAAUUUUCCAGUAUUAUUUGGGGAAGGUAAAGAUUGGGGGCGACGUGGAACUGGAAGUCUUAUCUAGAGGCACGACUGGUUUUACUGGAGCUGACAUCAAGAACGUGGUGAACCAGGCUGCCCUGCGCGCUGCAGCAGACAUGGUAGAGGCCGUGACAAUGAAGCAUCUCGAAGCAGCCAGAGACAAAGUUCUCAUGGGCCCUGAAAAGAAGUCACGUAUUCCUGACGAGGAAGUCAACUUGGUGACGGCUUACCACGAGGGCGGCCACACGCUCGUCGCUCACUACACCAAGCACUGCCACCCUCUGCAUAAAGUUACCAUCAUCCCUAGAGGGCCCUCUCUUGGACACACCGCGUACAUCCCGGCAAAGGAGCAAUACAAUGUAACGCGCGCCCAGAUGCUGGCGACGCUCGACUCGCUCAUGGGGGGCAGGGCGGCGGAGGAGCUCAUCUUCGGCUCUGAAAUGAUAACUUCAGGAGCUUCUUCUGAUCUCAAGCAAGCGACGUCCGUGGCGACACAUAUGGUCAAGGAUUUAGGCAUGAGCGACCGCGUGGGCCUGCGCACGUUUGAGGACAAUUCAGGACAGCUGAUCGGCAGCGGCGACUCCCUGAGCACCUCGACCAAAGAGGCCAUCGAUGCUGAGAUAAAGAGGCUUCUGCAGGAAUCAUACGAACGCGCCAGGACGAUUCUUCGCACGCACGCUAAAGAGCACAAAGCCCUGGCUGAAGCGCUGCUCAAGUAUGAAACCCUCGAUGCUGACGACAUCAAAGCUAUCCUCGAUGGCAGGAGUGUCAGCAAGGACACCUGAGAGUGUUUGCUUUAUAGAUAUCUGACGAUACUGGACGGUGUCAAUAUCUUCGAUAGCUAGCCUUUAUCUUGAGGUAGUAUAUCUCAUGAUUUUUUUCUUCAAUUUUGAUCUGUAUUAUCGUUGUCAGUUGCAGUCUAUUGAAAUUUGUCGCAUAAAAGCAAGGAGGUGUAUAUAUUUAUAUUCCAAUCGGUUUGUUCGCAUUAAGACACAAGUGUGAAUUGGAUUUUUUGCUGUAACUAAUCUAUGAUGAAUGCCUUCGUAGGUUUUGGUAGCUUUACUGCUAAAAUUUCCGUUCUGAAGCAGAUUCGGAUGAUCUUCAAGAAAUUUAUUUAUAAAAAAGUCUUCGAAUCUUGUUAUAUGAACCUUAAUACUGUUGUGUAUCUUUGACGAGAUUUUUUUAAUUUCAAAAGUAUGUGUAUUCAACCGUGUACUUACGACCGUCAAUUUUAAUUUCCCUAAUCAAGGAAAAUGUUGCAGUAAAUUCAAUUUUAUCGAGAAUUCCUUUCCCGGGGAAAAUGUUGAAUUAAUGAAUUUAGUACAAUAUUAUUACUGACUAUAAUCUGUGUUUCAAACCACGGGGCUUGCAUCUAAUUUUCCCACAGAAUCGAAGACGGGAAUUAACAGUGAUCAGAUGAGAUGGAACAGAGCACGUAGCUCACAAUUAAGAGUGCUCAUCCAUUGACGAGCGCAGUAAACGUGUGCUCCGCCUUACAGUUCAUCUUCAGCCAACAAUCCUAAUCGUUCGAGUUUGGGAACUUUUUGCCGAAUGAAAGUUUUGUUCUAAUUGAGAAUGUUGAAGUAACUCAAACGACGUUGUUGUUCAACUCUUCCUGUGCAUUAAAUUUCACCAAAAUUUCAACAUAAAAAUCAUUCCUAGUACUUGAUUCAGCAAUGGACAUUACCCCUAUUGGUCUGACUUAUUCUAUGGUUUAUUCGUCGUUCAAAUUUGGCCUAGUGUUGCUAAUACACCAACAGCGAAAUGUGCCCCAGGCUUCUCAGUCUUACUCAAGAUGAAUGGAUAUGACUUACGCUAUUUCAAAAAUAUGAUCACGGCACAAUUAUGGAUUGAAAUGUAGUGAUGGAGCUUUCUUUCAACUCCAUGGAGGUCAUUAAUAUGGUUCAUUAUAUAUGGAGACGACUCGACUGGACGUGCUCGUAUAUUUCAACACUAAAUGAGCAUAAUACUGGCUUCGGUAUUUUACGUAUAACCUAUACUCCUAUAGUAACCAUUUAAGAAUACUUUCGAUGCUGAAAAAUGUAAAUAUUGUGAAGGAUAUGAAGUAUGCCAAGUGGCAAAAUAAACCAAAUUGAACUCGCUAUUUUAUUAGCGUGGACCACA